UCGUUGACGGAAAUGCGAAAACUGACGUCUCGAACAGAAAGGAGCCGGGGAUGUUUUGCGGGGAGACCGAGCAGCCUCAAACGUUUAUGUCCGAAACUUCCUUCGUCAAAGUCGUCUUUCAUGUCGACAAUUUCACCGAUCAAACUUAUUUUAGCUUUGACACUCGAGCCGAACAGCAACUUGUCGUUUAUUUACGAUAUGGACAGCAUCCCGAACUUUAUCCGAAUAGGCGUGGCGAAGUUGUUCAGGGAUCCUAUUGUGAGCGAAUAUUUAGAGAUUGUCGUCUGCAAACCUGCUACGUUCAAUCUCCGGCUUAUCCUGGGGUUUAUCCUAGAAACCUUCAUUGUCGAUACUAUCUAAACACGAGGCUACCUUUCAUCAAACUUUAUAUUGAAAAUGAGGAGUUCAACAUUGAUGGGCAGCGAUGCGAGAAUAUUAUGACCUGCCCUAUGAGGCCGAUAUCGUCAGGUCAGGAGAAUUGCCCCUACGACUACAUCAAAGUCUACGAUGGCAAGAACGAGUUUAGUUCAGUAAUCGGUACUUUUUGCGGGAUGGGGAAAUUUCCCUACUCCAUAAUAGGUACCUCCCAAGACCUAUUUGUCGAGUUCGUCUCGUCGCCAGCCGGUCCACUGUUAAACACCGGGUUCCACUUUAACGUCGGCAACUGGCCCGGACACGUCGAUACCGCCGGCAGUCGAAAUGGUACGUGCGAUUGGCUACUGUCGUCGGAAAGCCUGAGAGCGUCGGGCGAUUCGGAAGGAAUUUUCCUAUCCGUCGCUCACUGGUAUCCCCCGCAUACCAGUUGUACGUAUCUGAUGCAGGGCGACGAAGGCGAAAUUGUGAGACUGUAUUUCCCAAGUUUCCGAAUCAACCGCAUCGAGUCGCCUAUACAACCGAUCGAUGGCGACUGCGGCGAAUCGCUUACGCUUUACGAUGCGCCGUGGCCAGACGAUUCGAAGAUUAUCAAGACUUUCUGUGAUACCUUUUCAAAGCCGAUGGAGAAGCACGACUUCGUCUCGACCGGAAACGCUCUGUUCGUCAGAUUCGAAAGUAAAACCGGCAGUUACAGCGGAUCUUCCUUGUACUACUGGGCGCACUACGACUUUUUCAACAACACAAAGUUGGGCGAGCCGGUGCCGGGAAAGCCUUGCGAUGAGGUAUUCGCUUCGUGGAAGACCACGAAGGGUUGGUUGCGAUCGCCCCUGAACACUUUGGUCUACAAGCAAACGCCGAAUAGCGAAGACGUGCAGUGCCUCUACCGAUUCGUGACAGAUAAAAGGCUGUACGCCCGAGUUAUACUUACUGUCAGCAAUAUACAUUUCAAGGAGCACCCGUACAACCCAGGACCGUGCCUGAAUUGCAUUGAAGACCGCAUCGAUAAAAUAGUUAUUUGGGAGCCCCUUCUCGCGGGUUCAAAUUCGUCGUACCCACCAAUAACUCUUACAAAAGCAGCCCAAACCGGCGACCUCACCUGUUUGUGUAACCGACACACCGGGUCGACGCAAGUUAUUUCGAGAGGCGAGCAGCUGAACUUGCAACUGAUCAUCGACAGCGCCCACGCGGCCUUAAGCUACUUCAAGCACAACGCCGCCCUGUUCGAGGCAACGUAUGAGUUCGUCCACGGGCCACUCUGCGGUCCGCCCAUUAUUCAGCCAACAACCGACGGCGAAAUACACUACCCCUACUACGAGGCGAUAGGCUACGUUGAACCGCCGAAAUCAAUUCGCUGCAUCUGGGAGGUCAAGAUCAACAGGGAACGAGAUCUAUGGAUGCAUUUCGAUCGUAUAAAAUUCGCGUCGAAGUCGUGCGACGACGGCAUCAUUGAUAUCUAUCUGAGGGAUAAGGCUGAGCCCCACCUUUCCGUGUGCGGCGAAAACGUUUCGCUCGCUAAGGAGCUUCCAAUACUAUCCGCUGCACAACUGAGUCCGCACGAUGCGGAGCCCUCCAUCACGAUACAGUUUGUCGGACGUACAUCGCCGACGCGCGCGGCGUUCAAGAUCGCCUGGACCGAGCUGUUUCAUCUUCCCAGAAAUAAAGACGGCAGCCUAAUGACAUCAAGACUGACCGAGGAUGGAGUCCUCGAGGACUCCAAUGAGGUGUGCGAGUUCGCCUGUCCGGGCGAGGCUGGGCUGUGCAUACCGGCCAGGCUGGUCUGCAACGGUGUCAUCAACUGCCCCAACGUCACCAAUUCGAAAGAUACAACGUUUAGUGACGAAUCCGAAGAGCUCUGCGUGCACGAGGCGGCUCCGGAAAUAAACUGGCUGUACGUCUCGCUCGGGGUAGUGGCACUAGUUGUACUGAUAUGUUGUAUAUGUGUGUGCGUCUGUAGAAAGUGCUGUCGGUACUGUUGUGUAGAUGAUUAAUAACAACCCUAACGCCUUAUUACAAAAAGACAAACUUCAGAAUAAUUUAUAUCAACUUUGAUUGACUCGUGAUAUUAAAAUUAGUGAAUGACGACCGAGGAGUGAGGAUUUUAUUACUGAAUUAGAUAAUUAAGGUUAGUUUUCGCGUCUGAAUGUAUAUUGUUUUAAAAAGGAAUCACCCGAACUUUUAAAGAAAAAUUGUAAAUUUACUAGUAAUUUUUACACACAACGUUGUAAAUUGUAAAGCGAAAGUUCUAAACUAAUUUGGUAAAAAUAUUCAAAGUGUAGAUAUUCGAAUUUUAGGACGUCUUUUUUUAUAUUUAAUUUUAGAGUUAUGUUAGAUCUAUAUUAUGUAAAU